UAUUAUAUACUACAUACAUUCUUAUUCCUAUUUGUCCACUAUAAAUAGAUGGAAUACUAUCAAACACUAAAAACAAGUGUAGAGAUCUUCUGCAAUAUUACAUUAAUAUAACACUAACACUCUGAAAUAAAAUGGAACCUACUGGUCUUAUUUCUCAAGAAUGGACUUCUCUUAGUGGACUCUACACUGCUGAGGAAUCUGACUUUAUGAACCAGUUACUUGGUAACUCCUCAUUCUCACAACAUUUCUAUCAAAAUUCCAAUUUCGGAACUGAAACUACAUUUUGGCCACCAUAUGAUUCCACAAUAGUUACUGCACAAGUUCCUAGCUCAACCUCUGAUACUAGUAACCUCUUCCCCACAACAAGUUGUUUCAACAACAAUCCAGUAACCACUUUUGACUAUAUUUCCAUGGGUCUUUCCAUAGAUUAUUCCAAAUUCACUCCAUGUACAACACAAUCUGAUGAACAAGUUCUAGCUAACAAAAAUUUGCAGGCCCGAAAAACGGAACGUGAAAUACUAGUUUCUGAACCAGAAGAGGAUAAAACCACAAGCACAGAAAAUUCAGGAAAAAGAUCUAGGAGCUCAAAUGAGGUCCCAAAGAACAAGAGGAAUGUUAAAUGUAGGAAGAUGAUUAGGUGUGCUUCUAUAAGCACUGAAGAGAAUACAAGUACUGGUUCUCAGGAUCAGACCUUAAGCGGUUAUUGUUCAGAGGAUGAGUCCAAUUCUUCUCAUGAGCCACGUGGAAGGGAAUCUUCUAGUUUGAGCCUGAAUGAUUCUGCAGCUAAAUUAAGUGGAAAAUCAAGAUCUAGUAGAGGUCCUGCUACUGAUCCACAGAGCCUCUAUGCAAGAAAAAGAAGAGAAAGAAUAAAUGAAAGGUUGAAAAUCCUACAAAACCUUGUCCCCAAUGGAACUAAGGUGGAUAUCAGCACCAUGCUUGAGGAAGCUGUCCAAUAUGUGAAAUUUUUACAACUUCAAAUUAAGCUUCUAAGCUCUGAUGACACGUGGAUGUACUCUCCCAUUGCUUACAAUGGAAUGAACAUUGGACUUGAACUUGGUAUUACCCCAACAAAAGUAACAAAGGAUAUGCAUAACAACAUACCAAUAAAAGAGAAUGCAGCACUUUAAGAGACCCGAGUUCCAUUCCAUUUUUGUGAUUUUUUUUGCUGUUUUCUAUUUAAUUCUUAGCAUAUAUGAAAUUGAUUACAAAGCAAACCUUUACUUCUAAAUAAUGAGAUAUCAAAUUGAGUUGGUUUCUUGAUUCUUUGUAUAAGCAUUACGUGGAAAUUAUAAUCAAAAAAGUAAUAUACACGCUCUCUUGUUCUUUUAGGAGUAUAUUUACCAAAUUACAUGAAUUUCAUUGGAUGAUGUACUCAUUCUACCGUAAUAACAUGUGAAAUAAGUUUUAUUUAUCUUUCUA